AGAAUCCUGCUGUGAUGGAAAGUCCCACACGCCUCUGAUGCGCAGUAUAACUUGACGGGGGCGGGGGGCGGAUUUCACAAUUUUGAGGAUACUUCUUCAAAACUGCAAUGAAUGAACUGAAUCGGGAUGUGGCCCGCCGCAGCUAGCCCUGAAACGGAGUUCUCUUCCCCACCACGCUUUCCCAAUCCCGCAAGACUGUCAGUCACCCUCUCAAGUGCACUCAGCACCCCCCAGCAAACUGUAUGUGCACCUCCAUGAACUCCACACCCCUGCCCCCCUUUCCCUUCUUCCCCCCUCCUCUCCCGAGCCGUAGGGGGUUGCGUCUUUCGUUGGUUGUUUCCCUCGGCGGCCCAAAGCAUUAAAAAGCAUUUUCUGUAACGUCCCGGCCGGGAUCCGGGCAAUGUGCACAAGGGGCAUGUGUUUGUUCUCCUGAAAGCCGGGCAGGAAAUCUUGUUCUCCUGAGUCAUUGCGGCUCCUUCAAGGAAACGUCAGAGUUUCUUAUCGCCCUUCACCCCAGGCAGCAGCUCAAACUGCUGCUGCUGCCGAAAGACAUUCUCCUCCGCACAGGGCAAAACAAGCCACAGUCCCAUAGCGAAAAACAGCUCAGGCUGGAGGAGUUGACCGCGCAGGAGAAAGGGAGUUUUUGCUUCUAACUGGGCUUGCUUUCAUGAAACAGAGGCGAAUGGGUCUAAAUGACUUCAUUCAAAAAAUAGCCACCAACUCCUACCCGUGCAAGCACCCUGAAGUUCAGUCUAUUUUGAAUAUCUCCCAGCCUGAAGAGCCUGAACUUAUGAAUGCUAAUCCUUCGCCUCCACCCAGCCCAUCACAGCAGAUCAAUCUUGGUCCAUCAUCCAACCCACAUGCCACACCAUCAGAUUUUCAUUUCUUAAAGGUUAUUGGAAAAGGAAGUUUUGGAAAGGUUCUCCUUGCAAGGCAUAAGGCAGAAGAAGAAUUCUAUGCUGUUAAAGUACUGCAGAAGAAAGCAAUCCUGAAAAAGAAGGAGGAGAAACACAUAAUGUCAGAGCGCAAUGUCCUGCUGAAAAAUGUGAAACACCCUUUCCUGGUUGGGCUCCACUUUUCUUUCCAGACUGCAGACAAAUUGUAUUUUGUCCUUGACUACAUCAAUGGUGGAGAGUUAUUCUACCAUCUCCAGAGGGAACGUUGCUUCCUGGAGCCAAGAGCACGGUUUUAUGCUGCUGAAAUAGCCAGUGCACUGGGUUACUUGCACUCUUUGAACAUAGUUUAUCGGGACUUGAAGCCAGAGAACAUCUUGCUAGAUUCUCAGGGGCAUAUUAUCUUGACUGACUUUGGACUCUGCAAAGAGAACAUAGAACACAAUGGCACUACCUCCACGUUUUGUGGCACACCUGAGUACCUUGCUCCUGAAGUUCUUCAUAAGCAGCCCUACGACAGGACGGUUGAUUGGUGGUGCCUUGGAGCAGUUUUGUAUGAGAUGCUUUAUGGACUGCCCCCCUUCUACAGCAGGAACACAGCAGAAAUGUAUGACAAUAUCUUGAACAAACCCCUGCAACUGAAACCAAAUAUUACCAAUUCUGCUAGACACCUUCUGGAAGGCCUGUUACAAAAGGAUAGGACAAAGAGAGUUGGUGCUAAGGAGGACUUCAUGGAGAUUAAGAAUCACAUCUUCUUCUCCCCAAUUAACUGGGAUGAUCUCAUUAAUAAGAAGAUUACACCUCCUUUUAACCCAAAUGUGAGUGGUCCGAGUGAUCUGCGACACUUUGACCCUGAGUUUACAGAUGAGCCCGUCCCCAGUUCCAUUGGCCAAUCUUCAGACAGUAUCCUCAUUACUGCUAGCGCCCAGGAAGCUGCGGAAGCCUUUCUGGGCUUUUCAUAUGCCCCACCCAUGGAUUCUUUCCUGUGAACAUUGGUUUUCCUUUCUUCUUGGUUUUUAAUUAUUAUAUUGGCCUUCUGGCUGAGCUGCCAGUUGACCAGUCAUCUUGAAACAGAAUUUGCACAUCUCCACCAUGGCAGCUUUGCAGCCUUAAUUUCAACUACCCUGUUUGUUGGAAGCUUUUUUUUUUUGAACAGCACAUAACUCCUCUAAACCAAGCUUACAAGCAUUUUGAUUUGUUCUUCCCCCAAAGUGGUGCUAUCUCCUUGGGAAAGAACAUUAGAAGUGACUCUUGCCAUAGCCUGUUAUGGUAGAUUGUAGGAAUAAUAACCUGCUGUUUGGAAAUAAUGUUCUGAAAAGCCUUGCCUGGAGACCUGGAUGUGACGAGGAUUUUAUGAAAUGUGCCUUUUUUUCUGAUGAGAUCAAGUUAAGCUCCAAACUUUUCCUGUUGCAGAGUGUUUCGCAGUUCAGUUAUGUGGGUUUACUGUGUGAACAAAUGGUAUGAGUGUGAUAUGCAUACUACAGAGGGACUUAGUUUAAAGCAUCAGUGUGACACUUGCAGGACACUACAAUGUGGGGCAUUGUUUGUUUCUUCCAUAUUUGGAAGAUAAUUAAGUGUAGAAUUUGAUUUUGUUUUGUAAAUAUACAGUUAACUAACAUUAUUGAAAUGGGCUCACAAUUAAUUAUAUCCAAAUGCUUGAAGAAAGCAUUGCUGCUAUCAAAAGUUUCUAUUUUUAGAAAGGUUUUUAUGGACCAAAAUGCCCCAGCUGCAGUUGGUCAAAGCUGUUGAUUCAUUUCUUGUUUGUUUUUUUAAAAUUGUCAUCUGUAAAGUGGGCAUUAUUGAGGGGGGGGGUGAGGGAAUGUUGUAUUGUAUGUAUUGUAAAGAAAAAGAAAAGUCUGUACAUUCAGCUGAAACUCUAGAUGUAUAUUUAAACUUACUGCCUGGCUUGUAAUGUACACCAUCAUUGUAAUGUAAUUAACAUGGUUAUGUACUUUUUUUUUUUUUUUUUUUUUUGACCGCCGAACCCAUUGGUUUGCAGUAAAAUCUUGAACAUUUCUGUAAACUGUCAGGUUGUUUCAUUUAAAAAAACACCUUUUUCCAUCACAAA